AUGCACUAAAUGCAAUAAUAAUCGAUCCAUCAAUAAAAAAUAGUCGAACUUACAAAUUAAGGUAUUCAUAAAGUGGCAUAUUCGUAGGAUUGUAUGUUUAAUUAGAGGAAUACAUCAGGACGAAUCAAAUAACACAACAAACUUAUUCAUAAGCCUUUUUGGAGUGCAUACAGUAUACGAGGGAUAGCGAGGAUCACUUUCAAUGCAUCCAACAAAUUUUAAAGUAAUUAUUUUUCAAACUUUAAGACAAUCGAUUGAUUUUAAUUAUAAAGACAAUUAGGGCAACACGGCAAUAGUUUAUGCAGCGAGGACAGCCAAGAUUAGUAUUCUCAACGAAUUAAUCAAAUACAAAGAGAAAAUAGAAACUAAAUAAAUUAAGCUUGCUCUUGAUAUUGCAAUCCAAUCCGAAUAGGAUAAUUGGGAUAUUGUUGAAACUCUCUUAUAAAUUACGUCUCUCGAUAAACCAUAACAUUUAAUUAAAUCCUUACACAAGGGCAAUUACAAGACAGCUGCAAAAAUAAUUGAGAAAUAUGGAGCAUCUGGUUAAGAUGAAAAUGGAGACACAGCCUUACAUGUGGCAUCUCGCAAAGGAGAGUUAAAUAUCAUCAAACAGAUCUGUCAAAAGGAGUACCUAUUUCAAAAGAAAAAUAAAGUGAAUCAGAUUCCUUUGGAUGUAGCUUGCAAUGAAAAAACAAAAGAAUUGUUAAUUUUGGAAGAGACUCAAUUUACAAAAUCUCCCAAUCGAAAAAAAAAGUAAGAGGAAUUUCAAGAGAAUACUCAGAAAAUCGGAAAAUAGGAAGAAUAAGCUGAUAUUCUACCAAAGCUGGUUAAAGUUGUUUAAUAGAGAGAAUAAGAGACUUAGACUGAUCUGAAGGAAAAGAAAGAAUUGGAAGUGUAGUUUCCAGAACCAACAUAUAUAAACCAACCUUUCUAUAAUCAAUUGAUUUGCGAGUCCUAAUUAACACUACCACAACACAAAAUAAGUUUGGAUGAUAUAGUUAAGUAUGCAAAUUUUAUGUGAUUUUAUAGACAACUUACCUUUGAAAUCAGCACAUUUACCCAAGAACUCAGUAAAUACUUGGAUGAACAGAAACCCAUUAUUGAUAAGGUAGUCUAAUUAGUGGAUGAGGUAUUUGUAUAUUAAAUUGAGUGCUUAGACUGUUCAAAAUGUGCAACCGAAAUCUCGUGCUUUUCUCUAUGGAUCUUGCUAAACGGGACUGAAUUUGUUGGAUUCGGAUAUCGAUAUUGUUAUUGAGACUGUUGAGUAAGAAGAGAUCAUCUUGUUGUUCAAAUUGGCAGAUCAAUUCAAAGUAUCAUAGAAUUUAGUUUUAGAGGACAAGCUUUAUCAAGGAUGUUAAAGUAAUUGAUAAUGCGAAGAAACCUGUGUUGAAGAUGCAAUGUUCGAAAGAGUUCUAGGAGAAAUUAAUUGAUAUCACGAUUAGUAGGAAUGAUCACUUUGGAAGGAAGACUGCCAAUUCCAUGAUGGAGUUCUAGAAAGAGUUUAAAUAGUUUAAGAGUUUAGCUUUGAUGUUGAAGUUCUACUUCAAGUCAAUAAAUUUGUUGAAUGCAUAUCAAGUAUUGAGUGCUUUAAUAAGGGUGGCUUGAAUAGUUAUUGUGUUUUGACUAUGAUUCUGGCUCUGUUGCAGAUCAAAAGAAUCAGAGACAACGAGAAUGAGGAGAUCGGCAAGACCUUUUUGGACUUCUUUGAUCUCUACAGUCAAGACAUAGACUAUUACAACAAAAUAAUCAACAUAGUGCCUUCCUCAUCAGAGAAUAUGCAAAUUGAUGAACCCAAUAUUUAUUAAUAGCAAUAUUUUUAAUUGUAUGCAUCUUUAGUUAUAUAGUUAGUGAUCAAGGAUAUUAAGAGUUGAUUAUUUUGGAUCUCCACAAUAAAAGCAACAACAUUGCCAGUAGCACGUUCAAGAUUAAGAAUAUUAAGGUAUGUUGUUCUCAUUAAAUGAAUGAAUAGAAUGCUCUUAGUUUCGGAUAUAGUGCAAUUCUGAAUGCCAAGAAGUGUGAGCAACCUUGUUUCUUCUCCAGAUAUAACAAGCCCGUUUGUUGCAUAUUGAAACAAAUGAUUUAGCAAUCAAAAAACAAUCAUUUGAAUAGCCACUACAAAAGUAAGUAACCCUUCUAUUUGUUUAAUUAUAAUAAUACUUAUUGA